CGCACGCGAAGCCGCUGGUCGGCGUUUCAUCAACCAAGCUUCAGAGGGUAGAUAGACAGUAGGGCUUUUACAGGGCAGAAGCAGGAUCAUGAACGCCCCCGAUCGAUACGAGCGAUUCGUUGUACCAGAGGGCACGAAGAAGGUUUCGUCUGAGAGAGAUACCAAGAUUGUCAAUGCAGCGUCCUUCACGGUCGAGCGUGAAGAUCAUACUAUCGGAAACAUUCUGCGGAUGCAGCUACAUAGGGAUCCAAAUGUUCUGUUUGCUGGAUAUAAGCUUCCGCACCCCCUACAGUACAAGAUCAUAAUCAGGAUCCACACUACUAGCCAGUCUUCUCCAACCCAGGCAUAUACUCAGGCCAUUGAUGAUCUUGACAGGGAGCUUGAUCACCUGAAGAGAUCUCUUGAGGAGGAGAAAAAAAGGUAUGAAGAGAAGUUCAGGCAGGGCUACUAAGCUCUCAUUCGCCCGCCCGCCCGCCCCCAUGGAAAGUUUGUGCUGACUUUUGGUGGCCUUGUUGAACAUUUCAUGAUAUAAUUUAGUAAUUUAGACUUGUAAACUGUGCUCAAAAUUGAUAAUCCUUGAUUUUAAACUGCUCAAGAGAUUCUGCAUGUCUGUAAUUUUUA